AUGACUCCGCUGCUCUGCUGCGUGGGCAUCGCUGCUCUCCUGGCCUCCAGCCUGGCCUGCCCCAGGAGCUGCGUGUGCUCCGUCAAGAAGAACGGGCGCCUCUUGGCCGAAUGCGCCUACAGGGACCUGCAGGAGGUGCCCGCGGGGCUGUCACCCAACGUGACCAUCCUCACCCUGUCGGCCAACAGGAUCGGCUCGCUCUGGGAGACGUCCUUCUCCGAGGUGCCCGAAGUGCAGUCGCUGUGGCUCGGCUACAACCAGAUCAGCACUGUUGAGGCAGGCACCUUCGUGCACCUGGUGCAUUUGAAGAACCUGGACCUGAGCCACAACAAGAUUGUGGAUUUCCCCUGGAAGGACCUUCGCAACCUCAGUGGCCUGCAGAUCCUCAAGAUGAACAACAACCGCCUGGCCGGGCUGCCCCGAGGGGCCUUCCACUCCCUGAAGGACCUGCGCUCCCUGUGGCUCAAUGACAAUGAGCUGACCACCCUGGCCGAGGGCACUUUUGACCACCUGCCCUCCUUGUCCCAGCUGCAGAUCUUCAACAACCCCUUUAACUGCUCCUGCAAGGUCUUCUGGUUGAAGAAGUGGACAGAGAACACCUCCGUCUCUAUCACCAAAGGGGGCUCCAUCCUGUGCAUGACUCCCAGCAGGCUCAAAGGGAGGGCCGUGACCAACAUCCCUGACCACUUCUGCAUCGCCCCAUCAGUGCAGCUCACCUACCUCUCCAACCUGGACAACACUGUCAUGUACGACGGCCUCACGCUCACUCUGCACUGCAGCGUGGCCGGCAACCCCCUGCCGGAGAUCAGGUGGAAGAUCCAAACGUCCAGCCGGAGCACUGAGAUCAACGGGCCCAACGUGGCGCGGGACGGGAGUGUCCUGCCUCCACGGCAUGCCAAGCAGAGCCAGGAGCGCUUCCUGGUCUUCAAGAACGGCACCAUGGCCAUCCCCAACUUCAGCAAGGAAGAUGAAGGCAUCUACACGUGCCUUGCCGUCAACGAUGUGGGCAUGCGGGAGGUCUCGGUCAAUGUGGCCUUGGCUGGCUCGGAGAACCCAGCCAAUGACCUGCUCCGAAAUGCCCCCCAGGCCAGUCACCUGGGCGGCCGGAGCUGCUACAAGGGAGAUGACUUGGAUCCCUCCAGUGCCGGAGAGAAGCUCGUGAUCGUUUACCAUGUGCCAAGGGAGUCCAGGAGCAGGGCUGGAGCAGUGCCCCAGGUGUGCCUGGGGACCCUCCUGCUGACUUUGGGCCUUGCUCUGUGUUGCUGA